GGGCGGGUGCCGACGAUGGCGGCGUCGCUCCCGCGACCUGGGAAUCGGCUCUUCCGAACGUAUGGGGCUGCGGGCGGCGGGGGGCCGCGGCGGCGACCCGGCAGGGCAGCGGCGCAGUGGUUCCCGCCGAAAGACCGGAAGCGUUUAUUCAGCAGCAGCAGUAGCAGCGACGCCAGCAGCGGCGGCCCCUCGCGCUCUAUCGCUUCGGACGAUCCCGACGACCCAGACUUCCUCGGCUUUCCGGUGGGCCGACGGCGGAGGGGCCCUGGCGGUCGAGUCUCCGAGGACCGGCCGAGUCUGAUCGCGACCCCAAGACGCCUGAGGCUGCGAGCUCGGCCUCCGCAGAACUGCAGCACCCCCUGCGGGCCGCUCGAACCGCCGCCCUUCUCUAACGGCAACCCGUGCCUACUGAGCCCGGACCUCAGUGCGUGCAGCCGGCCCGGGGACGGCGGCGAGCUGGGCACCAGUGCCUCCCUGUUCAGCAGUCUGGCCUCUCCUGGCCCCGGCCUCCCAGCGCCAGGAGACAGUGUCCUCGGGACCGGCCCCGCCGCCUCUUUCGAUGCAGCCUCUGAAGUUCCGAGUGGCUUGCACCUCCCAGCAGCCUCCCUGGACCCAGCAUCCCUCCACCGCCUCCAGGAGGCAGCAACAGGAGGAGGCAGGUUCACUAGGUUGGCCCACCCAGCCCAUGCCAACCUCAGGUCAGCUCUCUUUAGUGUCACGGACUCUGGAAACCCUGAGGAUUCUGAGAGUGGGGCAGUUGGGAGGAAUAUGAGGGAGUCUUGCUGUGAAAUGGAACAGACGGGGAAGAGGCUGGAGAGGCCAGGUUUUUCAAGCAUGGGUAAGAAGAGGGCCACAGACCAGGGCUGUUGUCAACAGAUUGGGUCUCAAGGGGCUGCCCAGAUAGACUCCGAGGAGGCAGAUGGUUGCAAGGGCUGUAUUGUACCUGGGGAAAUCAACAGGCCUGAGAGAACUGGGCCUAGUCGAAAAAGGAAACUGCAGGAAACAGUAGAAACCUCCCUUCUCCAUUACCACCAGUUUAAGAGGGACCAAAAGAGGGAAAAAGACUCAUCCCUCACCCAGGACCUGACUCAUUUACAGAAUGCCUCUUGGACCAAAGCCAGGGCUUCCUUCAGUUUCCACAAGAAGAAGAUGGUGACUGCUGUGUCGGAAGUAUGCAGUAGCUACACCGUUGCCAGUUCUCUCUCUGAGUCCCUCAUCUCUGAAUAUCCAAACCCUCCUGUUACGAACAGAACAAAUAGUGCCGUGUCUCCUUGGAACUGCUCUUCCAUGUAUUUGCUAACCCCGCUUAAGACACCACAUGUCACAGACAAAAAGGUAUCAGAUGCUGAAAAGGUUUACGGGGAAUGCAAUCAGGAGGGCCCUAUCCCCUUUAGCAAUUGCCUUUCCACAGAAAAAUUGGAAUGCUGUCAGAAGAUUGGAGAAGGGGUGUUUGGUGAAGUGUUUCAAACAAUUGUUAAUCACACACCUGUUGCCCUAAAAAUCAUUGCUAUUGAAGGACCAGAUUUGGUCAACGGAGCCCAUCAGAAAACUUUUGAGGAAAUUCUGCCGGAGAUCAUCAUCUCCAAAGAGUUGAGCCUUUUGUCUGAUGAGAUACACAACCGUACAGAAGGCUUUAUUGGUUUGAAUUCGGUGCACUGUGUUCAAGGAUCUUACCCUCCCUUGCUCCUCAGAGCCUGGGACCAUUACAACUCAACUAAAGGGUCUGCAAAUGACCGGCCUGACUUUUUUGAGGAAGACCAGCUCUUCAUUGUGCUGGAAUUUGAGUUUGGAGGGAUUGACUUAGAGCAAAUGAGAACGAAGUUGUCCUCCAUGGCUACUGCAAAGAGCAUUCUACACCAGAUCACAGCAUCUCUCGCAGUGGCCGAGGCAUCCCUGCACUUUGAGCACCGAGACUUACACUGGGGGAAUGUGCUCUUAAAGAAAACCAGCCUCAAAGAGCUCCAGUACACCCUCAACGGGAACACGAGCACUAUCCCCACCCGUGGACUACAAGUCAAUAUCAUUGACUACACCCUGUCACGGUUGGAACGGGAUGGGAUCGUGGUGUUCUGUGACAUUUCCAUGGAUGAGGACCUAUUUACAGGUGAAGGAGACUACCAGUUUGAGAUCUACAGGCUAAUGAGGAAGGAGAACAACAACUGCUGGGGUGAAUAUCACCCUUAUAAUAAUGUGCUCUGGCUCCAUUACCUCACAGAUAAGAUUCUGAAACAGAUGACCUUCAAGAUUAAAUGUAACACCCCCGCCAUGAAGCAAAUGAAGAGAAAGAUCCAGCAUUUCUAUAGGACAAUGCUGAAUUUCAGGUCUGCCACUGACCUGCUCUGCCAACACAGUCUGUUUAAGUAAGUCAGACAUGCCUUACAGGCCCAAACUGAGAGGGUACUGGUCUUAAAGCCCUUGAUGCUGUUUUCAGCCUUCAUCCCCAGAGCAGGGUGGAUUUCCCAUUCUAAAUGUUUCUAAUCAACUUUUCAAACAAGAAUUUUGUUUCCUAGUAGAAACUAAAAUGUUUCUGAAGUUAACAAAUGUUCUUUAAAAAUAAACUAUACAUGGGAACAAGUGAUUACAAUUUAGAAGUCCUCUUUCUGUCAGCAGAGUCCAUUCUAUAAAUGCCUUUCCAUAUAUUCAUUUCUGAGCCUUGACAUUUCAUGUACCUUGAGCUAAAUAA